CUCUCUCGUCUCCUGAGUGGUAAACCCGAUCUUAGCAGCUGUCACUUUUCAAUCUAGACGGGCGUUGUAUAGAUAGACCACAGGUCAAUAUGGCUAGUCAUGGAAUUCCCCGUUACAGCUUGAAGGAGAAGUCCGAAGAAGCUCGCAAACAAGAACUUCGCAAGAUAGAAAAAUACCAGGAAUUGGAUCAACUAGUUCGUGAGAAGAUUGCGGAACAGAAGUACACGCCCGAAACACUUCAGAAAAUAUCCGAAUUACUGACCAAAAAUCCGGAGUACUACACGGUUUGGAAUUAUCGACGUCGGGUUCUGCAGCAUGAAUUUGCACAAGCUGCGUCAAGCGGCUCGAGUGAAGCUGCACCAGAUCAAUUGACCACUCUAAUCAAGAAUGACCUGCUGUUCCUGAUACCGCUCCUGCGCAGUUUUCCCAAGUGCUACUGGAUAUGGAACUAUCGUCUAUGGCUCCUAGAUGAAGCUAAACUUCUACUACCGCUACCAAUCUCCCGUAAAAUCUGGGAAGAGGAACUAGUGCUUGUAGGCAAAAUGCUUAGCUUAGACAGCCGAAACUUCCAUGGCUGGGGCUACCGACGCAUUGUCGUGGGCACGUUAGAAUCGCUUACACCCGAAGAGCAGGGAAAGACUAUGACACAAGCGGAAUUUGAGUAUGCGAAGAAGAUGAUUGGCACCAACCUUUCCAACUUUUCCGCAUGGCAUUAUCGGACGAAACUCAUCCAGCGAUUGUUGAAUGAGAACUCAGCGACUGAUGAGGAACGGAAAAAGAUGCUAGAUGACGAAUUGGAGCUUAUUCAUCGCGCCCUGUGUGACCCAUAUGAUCAGUCACUGUGGUUCUACCAUCAAAACUUAAUGUGUACAUUUGACCCAGCAGUCUCGGGUCAAACGAUGGCGCCAAACCUCAGCCGAUCCGAGCGGCUGGACUACCUCCGCCAAGAGAUCGAAGAGAUUCAAGAUAUGCUGGAUGGGGCGGAGGACUGCAAGUACAUCUACCAGGCAUUGAUCGACUGUACCUUGUUGGCAUCAAAAGUCGAGGGCACCAUGUCCAGUGGCGACCAGCAAAAGGUUCUGAGCUGGAUCUCGGAACUGAAGAAGAUGGACCCGCUUCGGCGUGGACGGUGGCUGGAUUUUGAGCGAUCACUCUGCAGAUAAGGGAUUACAAUCCACCCCCUUACCUCAGGAAACCUGUAUGUACGCAUCAUAGAGCGCCAAGUACUGAAUUACUAUUUUUUUUUUGUUGAGAC